AAUUGCUAUUUAAGCAAGAAUGGUGAUUAGCAAAGCGUUAUCGUAGGAGAUGCGGAUCAAUUCAUAGACAUUUUGGUGUCUUAUUUUUAAUACCUAAUCGCCUUCCUUACAUUUUUAUCAUUAACCACACCAUUUUCUUAUUUUAUUCCCUUUAAUUAGGAAUAUUUCCUACAACACAAAUCAUUAUGAGAUAUACUAACGUUUAGUUUAAACAAAUCAUUGACGAUAAUAGUUCCAAAUAAUACAGUACACAUUAUCGUCUAAUUUCUGUGAAGUUGUGUUGUGCGUUGAUUGAAGUUCAGAAUUUAAUUCGUAGAACAAAUCCACCAUGGGUAUCACGUGUAUUCCCAAACUAUUCGACGCCGAAACUGCAUCAAAGUUGGCGGUAACUUUGCGAAAAAUUGACGAGAUCUGCGAAGAAGGAAAAUACUAUCGUCAUCCCGACUCGGUCCUGAUCACUUAUCCGUUGGUCGUAGACGACUCGGCGAAAAUAGGAAGCCUUCCGAACGGCAAAGAUGACGUAAAAAUCGCCAUUAUCGGCGCCGGAGCUGCGGGUAUCUCUUCUUGCUACGAAUUAUCCAGAUUAGGUAACAGCAAUCGAAUCCAAGUUACGAUGUUCGAGUCGGAUACAGAAAACUGUAUUUUCCUUUCCGAGUCUUCCGAAUCCGAUACAAAAGGAAAACGAGCCGGACGAGUCUACACAGCUCGAGGUUUCGGUGACAAAGGCGAUUCCACCAAAAAGGAUUACUCCGUGUACGAGCUCGGAGCAAUGAGAUUCCCAGAAGUAGCCGGUUUAACGUGGCAUUACGCUAGAGCAGCUUUCGGAGGCGAUAAAGAAGUCGAGGUGUUUCCCAAUCCUGGAAAAAUCCCAACAGAAUUCGUCUGCGGUAGUCGAUCCGACCGAUUUUCUGGAGCAGGUGGCUGGUUAGACCCAAAUUCGCCUACAAAUCGUAUUUCUCAGGUUGUUCGCUCAGGCAUUUACGGUGAUCCGGAUUCUCCAUCGAAGACCUCUUGCUAUUUCCCCAUUGGUGGUAAAUGUCCUUACGAAAUAGGCAAAGAAUUGGAUAGUAAAGAUACGCCUGUCGAACGAUUACAACAAAUAAACGAGGAAUGGAAAGAAUUUGCCAUAAAGUACGACGAUCUAACCUUGGAGGCGGCUGUAAAACAAAUUAUUCGAGGCGAAUCUAAAAAGAAAGGUUGUUUGCCGGUAAUCGAAGGACUGGGGGAUGGUGAAGAUCAUAUCAACUACUGCCUGGAAUUAUUUGGUUGUUUCGGUUUUGGUACCGGCGGAUACAAAUCCAUUUUCAAUAUUUCGUUAACCGAAAUGAUGCGAUUGUUGUUGUGGGACUAUGCCAACGAGUACACUUUGCCAACCGAACAGAAUGCUGAAUUUCUUCGCAAAUUAUUCCUAAAAGCGAAGGAUGUAAACAAGUUGCGAGUGAAUGUAAAAUGUGCUCGUGUUAGCGACGUUUGCCAUUCAGCGACCACAGGUAAAGCAUUGGUAUUUUCAUACAAUAGGUCUGGUAGUUUUGCAAGUGAAAAUGUGUUAGAAGAAGAUACACCAAAGAUGGAGGAGUUCGACUACGUCAUUUUGGCAGUAACUCCUAAACAAAUGAGUUCGAUGAUAUGUAGAGCCGGAUACAGCAACGUUCCUCAGAACGUACAAUUUGGCGAUUUUCAACGACAAUAUCCGGAACUUAUUUAUGCACGACCUCCUCUAAUAUUAUCCAAGGAUUACGAUGCGCGAAACUCCGAGAUAGUUCUGGCUAUAAACCAAGUUCACAUGACGAGCUCGACGAAAGUUUACGUAACCAUCAAGGAAGCCGAUUUGAACAAAUACGCGCCUGAUUUCAAAAACGAAGGUAAAAUAAAAUCCGUUAUAUCCGAUUGUGGUUUAGGAUCAAGCUAUAUCGUUCCCAGUCCUUUGUCGAAAACUCCGUUGCAACUGACCGAAGAAAUGGGCGGCGAAAAGUAUUACAAUUUAUUACUCAGUUACACUUGGGAAGAAGAUACCAAACGUUUGCAGCACCAUUUGUACAAUUAUCCGAUGAAUAACAAGAGCGACUCCGAUUCCAACAAACUGAUGAUAAAUACGAUUAUUAAUCGUACCGUACGUAAUGUAAAAGAUCCGGAGACUGGAGAAUACAAAUCUUGGUGGUUUGGAGAUUUGUUGAGUAAAUCCGAAUUGAGCAAUCCGUUGUCCCAGGAUUGGACCACUGAUUAUUCAGCCGGAGGAUUUAAAUUGGAUACGACCGGAUGUCAUUACAACAGCAAUUUAUGUUUCCGUUAUAAUACUCACGCUGCUGAUCCGACGUUGAAGAAUAGGUUUUUCAUCGCUGGUUGCAGCUAUAGUCAUAUUGGUGGAUGGCUCGAAGGCGCGUUUAUGACCGCUGUGAAUGCGGUUACUGGAUUAGUUCUUGCUGCUAAUUGUGGCGAUCUGCAAGCUUUGGGACCAGAAGCGAGAAAAGUAAUCACGUCAUUGGAUAGUGCAACAUCUGCUUAAUUUUAGAUUUUUUCACUUGAUAAAAUUAUACCUUACCUACCUAUUAUUCGCUUCAUCUAACUACAUAAAUAAAUUAUACAGUUUAAAGUAUAGGUGGGAACUUUCAUUUAAUUAGCCAUAGGUAUUCUAUUUCAUUUGGUAGGUAGAUAAUAAGUAAAUAAAUAAAAUUGUAAUUAAGAGGAAAAUAUAUUUUGAAAUUUUUAUUAUCAAAUAA